UUUUCCGGUGCAAGGACGAAUAACCAAAAGCUGAUGCUUUGACACGUGGAAUAAAGUAGACCCUUCGAUAGACAUGCAACGGCUGAGAUUGAAUUCUUUGGUGAUGAGAUUUAUUCCCAACUGCAAGACAACUGUAGUGAAAGAAGUGAAGUGGUGAGAUAUUAGAUUUUGUGCUCUCUUAAGAAGAGUUGUCAUUUAGAGAGAGAGAGAGAGUGGCGAGUGAGGGGAGCUGGAAGUGGACUGGGUGGGGAGUACUGUUUGGUUGUCUUAAAUUGAUGUUGCAGAAGAGGUUGCAGUAUCCAUGGCGGCGUUUGCAGAGCCGUGACUUUAAUGCAUCAAACAAACAAAGCCACAGAAAAUUGAAGGCGAAGAAGUCAAGGUAAGCAAGCAACCAACGAUCCAUCGUCGUUUUGUUGACCUAAAACAUAAUUCCAAAACUUUCUGUUCCAAAAGCUGUCUCCCCCAAAAUCAAAAAAAAAAAAAAAACUCCGGAGAGAGAAUCAUACCACAGAUCUCUCAAUCUUUUGUUGUACCCGCAGCUCACUUGUUGUUUUAGCUUGUGCUAUGGAAUUUGUCGUCAAAUUGAGAUCAAUCUCAAAUCUUGGUUCUUUAAGAGCAAGAAAGUAAAGAAACAAGAGAUCUAGGACAAGGAUUUUGUUGUGAUGAGUAAGAUAGAUCAGAUUGAGGGUUUAGAUAGAGUAGUAGUGAUAUGAGGCGAGGAGGAGGAGGCGGAGAGGGAAUGAACUGUCAAGAUUGUGGGAACCAAGCAAAGAAAGACUGUGGACACAUGAGGUGUAGGACUUGUUGCAAGAGCCGAGGGUUUCCUUGCGAAACCCACGUCAAGAGUACUUGGGUUCCUGCUUCCAAACGCCGAGAGAGACAACAACAACAACAACACCUCACUGCUUUUCAACAACACCCACAACAUCCUCAUCCACAACAACAAAAUCAACAGUUGAGUCUGAUGAUGAGAGGAGAGAAUCCCAAGAGGCUGAGAGAAAAUCCAGGUGCUCGUUUACCCUCCACCUCCUCAGGGUUAGAAGUUCAAGUGGGUCACCUUCCAUCUGAGGUGAAUUCACCAGCAGUGUUUAGAUGUGUGAGAGUGAGCUCCAUGGAUGAUGCAGAUGAGGAAUAUGCUUAUCAGACUGCUGUUAACAUUGGAGGCCAUGUUUUCAAGGGAAUUCUCUAUGAUCAAGGCCCCGAAACCCAUUAUGGUGGAGGCGAGAGCUCGUCCGGCGGCGGUGGUGCUCAGCAACUUAAUCUCAUUACCGCAGCCACCGCCACAGCCAGCAAUCCGGCUAUCACAAUGCUUGACCCUUCUCUAUACCCUUUCAUGGCCGGUACGCAAUUCUUCCCACCACCAAGACCUUAAAAAGAAAAUUCUAAGCAGAAUCCGAUUAUAGAAUCAAAUACAACUCUCUCACUGAAUUAAAACAUUUAAAUGUGUUGGUUGAGAGAAUUGUGUUUAAUCCAGUAAUUAGAUUGAAAUCUAUGCAUGUAGAAGAACUGACAGCUUCUAUGUACUCUUGUUUUUCUUCACAUCUCUCUAGGAGUCUUUAAGCCUAAAAAACCCUUCAAUUGGCUGACAUUAAUUAUUAUCAUUGAAUUGUUGUUAGUAUUUAUUUAGUAGUGUUUUUCUAGUGUACUAUUAUUAGUAACAGUUUAAUUAUUAACACCCAUUGAGGCCAAGAAAAGGAAUGCAUGAAUGAAUGAACUUCAUAUGUUGGGGGCUGUUUGGUUAAGUUGGAACUUCAAUCUUGAUUUCCUUGGUUAUUAUUAUUAUUGAUUGAUGAGCUUAUCGAUAGACA